UGAAAGAUGAAUUAAGCGUCUCAAGCAUCUAGCUAACAUGUAGCCACAAUAACAAUAACUUCACAGCAUAUUUACUGGCAUAAGUUUACUGGAAUAAGAAACCGCCGAAUAAUAAACAUAUUUGGGAGCUGUGUAGCGGACCCAACGACUGGGUUCUGCCUAUUUAGCACACAAGUUCUGCAGGAUAGCUUGUCGAUCUGCGAGGCUUGCUAACAACAAACGUUAGCAUGCACUGAGAGAAGUCACUUUGGGCUGGAUGGGAAAUUGUCUGAAACGACGGAAAACAAGCCGCCUCCAGAGGGCUGAGGUAACGGUGCCACCAUGUACUCAAGCCCCAACAACUUCCUGAAGUCCAGCUGCAACAGCAGCAGCAUCACUGAGCUGCUGGGUGCCCUGUGUGACUGCAGCCUGUCUGGGGUGUCAUGGAAACGCCGUGCCCUGGGUGGAGUCUCAAGGGAAAGUUUCCGCAGAGCUCUCAAGAAAUGUGCCUAUGGCGCCCUGCUGUCUAAGCUAUUUCAAGAUGGCACCAAGGGGUCUGCCUCAGGACCGAGUGCCCCAGCUAAUACACCGCCCAAAAACAAAGUCCUGAUGAUAUGUUUUGACUUGCGGGUGGCAGGGUGCCGAGAGGAGGCAGAGAGGUUGGAGGAGCAGCUGGGGAUGCUGCCGGAGGGAGCAUCCUCCGGCCUGACGGAAGUAGACGCAGUCCUCGAGCUCUUGGUACAUCUAGCUGGUUCGGCGCCUCCACCUGCUAAGUCUUUCAGCAGGGACUACAUGAGACAAGAGAGGCCCGUGCUGCGAAGGCCUCGACCCUGGGGCUAUCAGAGUGAGGAGCUGCAGAGACUAGAGGCCCGGGCAUGGGGUCUGGUGUGUGGGGAGGAAUGGGGAACUCUGGAGAGUUUGUGUGGGACUCAGAGGUUGAUGGAUGCCCCUCCGGGCACAGGGCUGCUGGCUCUGAGAACUAAAUUAGAUGUGGAAGAAAGAUUUGAGAGGGAGACCAGGAUGACGCUGUUUGGAGCACUGCAGCACACUCGCACUUCAGAUAUAGACAUAAGACUGGACCUGCCUCCUGUUCCCAGUAAUAUUGAUGUGACUGGGCUUCCUAUCAGGGUCCCGCCAUGUUUAGAUCAGUCUGAGGAUGAGGGUUUCCAAUCAGCUUCCAACCUGACUCCAGACUCUCAGUCAGAGACCAGCCCUGUUCCAGACAUUGACAUAUGGGAAGCUCUCCGCACGUUUGAGCCUGGAAGACGCCGCUGUUGGGAAUCUGUUGGCUGCCCACCAGGGAAAAGAGAGUCACUCUAUCUAACAGAGGGAGGCAGGGAGGCCUUCGACCAGCUCUAUCGCCUGUGGGAGGGGGAGAUGAGGGUGGUCAGCACUGCUACCCCCUCUCCUCUUCUCCCUCUGCCCUUGGACUCUCAGACACAACUGGUAUUCGACCUCCUCAACGUCUUGAUCGGAGUGGCGUCCACGACCUUCCCUCUCAACCAGAGUGUUCAGUUUGACGUCAGACCUGGUGUGUGCGUGUCAGGAGCCUCUCCAGAAAGUGUCUCUCGUCUCUUGGGGGAGCUGGCCCAGUAUGGCACCUACUACUUGAGGCUUAGUCGCUUUUCUCUGCAGAGUGCUGACAAAAAAGGCCUAGUCUUUCAGGCUUUUACAGGUGGUCUGCGUAAGUAUCUGCAUUAUUACAGGGCUUGUGUUCUCAGCACUCCACCUGCCCUCAGCCUGUUGACUAUUGGCUUCCUCUUCCGCAAAGUGGGCCGCCAGCUAAGGUAUCUGUCAGAACUGUGCUGCGUCGACGGGCCUUUGGGUGCAGGACAGGCUACCUUCCCUGUGGGUGUUAAACUGCUGUCCUACCUGUACAAUGAGGCACAGAAUAACUGCAGCAAUGAGAACUAUCCGGUCCUGCUGUCGCUGCUGAAGAGCAGCUGUGAACCCUAUACACGGUUUGUGUCUGACUGGGUGUAUAGCGGCGUGUUUCGGGAUGUUUACGGAGAAUUCAUGAUCCAAGUCAACGAGGACUAUCUCGGCUUCAGAGACAAACACUUCUGGGUCCAAGGCUACACUCUGAUCUCAAAGGAUGUGGAGGAUUGUGUGCCCAUCUUCCUGAGACACAUUGCCAAUGAUGUAUAUGUCUGUGGAAAGACCAUCAACCUCCUCAAGAUCUGCUGCCCGCAGCACUACAUCUGCUGGUCAGAGCUGCCGGUGCCUCGCAUUGCUGUCACCUUCUCCCUCCAGGAGGUGGAGGAGAUUGAGAGGGACUGUGCUGUGUACCGCGGACGCAUGGAGAGGGUUGCUAAGCACAGUGCCAUCAGCAGGGAGGAGCAGGCCCAGCGAGCAGAGCAGGCACGCCAGGAGCUGAUCAAUCAGGUCAGAGAGUCAGCAGCCAAAACCCUGGAGAGCAUCCGCGGGCGCCAGGUGUCCCAACGUCUGGCUGAGGAGGCCAAGAAGAGGGAGCGUUUUGAGGAGCUGAAGCAACACCUGGAGCAGGAGCAAGAGUGGCGAAAUGUAGCCAAGAAGAAGCAGGAGGAGGAUGACUUCAGCUUUGCCAGAGAGCUGAGGGACAGAGAAAAGAGACUACAAGCCCUGGAGGAGCAACUGGAGCAGAGAGCCAGGAAGGAGCUGAUAGCUCAGUACAGCCGUCUGUCAGAGGACGCAGCUCGCAGAGAGAGACGGGCCAUGUGGCGGGUGCAGCGAAUGAGACUCGACGAAGCCCGGGCUCAGUUCUUCAUGCAUGACAGGCAGCAGACUCAGGCACUUCUAGAAAAAUAUCCUUUAGGGCAGAAGAGACCACCUGUGGAAGCACUGCCACCUGUUCCCUUAGCACAACAGACUUCAUCACAACCCACACCGGAAUGUUGGGACCUGUCUGAACAACAGCCAGCAGAGACUCAAGAAUCUGAUGCUGUGUCACCACCACCUGACCCAUCCUCUCCCACCCUCGCUCACCCUACAGUAGACCCUGCCCUCAUCUCUGAGAACAUUGACAUCAAUGAUUUUCUCCCCAAGUCACCAAAUCCUGACAGUCAGCAGGUGGACAGCGCCCUACAGGAGAUCGGCUCUGACCUACCUGAAGCGUGUCCUACAGCACAACUGGUAGACUAUGACUUCAGUGCCCCCUUUAGUCCGCUUGAAGGUAUCACUGGCCGAGCCUCAUGCCAGCCCCGGCCUCGCUGGGGACCUGCAGUCCAGCCUGACUUGAUCCAAAACCACCCAUCUUUUUCUCAUAUCCCCAUAGGAGAAAACAUAUCUCAAGUUCAGGAAGGUCUUCCCAAAGCCAGCCCCUUUGGCCAAGCAACCAAAUCCAGCUUUCCUUUAGGUCAAUACACCCCAGAGGAGCCCCAAAAUACAUCUAAAGAAAACGUUUAUGGAUAUCCCUCUCAAGCAUCGGUGCAGCAAGUAAAUGCGAGUGGCUCAGUGGCAGAAAACAAGCAGGCGGAAAUUAAAUCUAUGACGGAGCAUACGACUGAAAUGGGGGAUUUAGAAAGUAAAGUAGAAGUAAAUAAAGACAAGGGUAAAUCUGUUGAGCCUGAAAAAGACAAUGAUUUGAUUGCAUCGUCCACCUCCCCAAAGCAAAGUGGCAAGAAUAUUGGUCAUCACAAAGCAUUGAUAAGUCUGUCUGACUGUGGUGGGAUUGAUUCUCCUAAUGCAAGCACUCAGGGCCGCUGCUCGGAUGCUCUUAAUAAAGCUGAUGAUAAUAUUUCUUCGCCAAACAUUCAUAUCUCCAGUAUUCACCUAAAAGCUGGAGGGCUGGUUUCAGAUAUUGUUGCCCAGCAGCCUUCACUUAGCACCCUUGGACAUUCCUCUGAUGCCCACAUAAGGGUCCGAGAGUUUGUAUCGGAGGUAACUGGUCCUCUUCAAUCCCGCAAUAUCCAUGGCCACGCCUCAGAUUCUCACAUCAAGAUUGGAGAACAUGUUUCAGAAGUUGAUGCUCCUCUACCUUCCUCCAGUGCUCACGGUCACUCCUCUGAUGCACACAUUAAAGUUGGGGAAAAUGUUUCAGAGAUCUUUGCUCCUCUUCCUACUCCAAAUGUCCAUGGUCAUGCCUCAGAUGCUAACAUCAAAGUCGGUGAGCAUGUUUCAGAUGUUGUUGCCCCUCUGCCCUCCCCCAGCAUUCACGGUCACAGUUCAGAUGCCCACAUUAAAGUCGGAGAAAACGUCUCGGAUGUUUUUGCACCACUUGCUGCUCCCAGCAUCCAUGGUCACUCCUCUGAUGCAAAUAUAAAAGUGGGCGAGUUUGUGUCUAACAUACCCGAAGCAAGACCUCGUUGGAGUAAACAUGGGCAUGCCUCCGACUGCAUUCUGCAGCCAGGCUGCGUGGUUUCUGGAGCUGAACCCUCCUUGUCUGCUCUACCUGGAAGCUCUUAUGGUCACUCCUCAGACUCAAUGUUGGCUACUGGAUGUGUAGUUUCAGGAGAAGAACCCAACCGUUCACCUCUACCAGGCAGUGCCCAUGGACACUCGUCAGACUCUGCGUUAACCAUCGGAUGUGUUGUGUCCAAAGCUGAACCACUUCCAUCCCCACUACCGGGCAGCGCCUAUGGCCACUCCUCUGAUUCGACGCUAGGAAUGGGCUGUGUGGUGUUGGGGACGCAGCGACAACCCUCUCCACUACCAGGCAGCACUUACGGCCACUCAUCAGAUUCUUCACUUGGAGUUGGGUGCAUGGUGAAAGGGAAAGGCAUCUUAAAUCAGCAGAAGCCAGACGACAAUGGAGACAGUAAAGGUUCAAAGUCAGACAGCCCUGGUGAGCAGCUGGUUGAGUUCACGGGGUCCUGGGCAGCCGGCUUUGGUUUGUCCCCCGGAGAAAAGUCUGAGCAGGAAUACCUCUUGGCUUUGUGUGCUCAGUAUGAGGUGGAACAGUACGAAGACUGCUACAACCUAAUGGCUUCGUCCCCAGAGUGUCAGCUGUUGAAGCAGGUAACUCGGGGCCCUUGGGGCCUUCCUAUGGACCACACAUUUCGCAGAGCCACAGACACCACCGCUGUCCAACUCAGCGAGAUGGUUUCCCUGCCAGUUCUGAUUAAACAGGCCGUCACUACUCCGCUCAUCACACAUGUAUCUUUGGUGAACAAGGCAGUGGUGGACUACUUCUUUGUGGAGUUAGGGGUGGAAAAACACUUCGAGGCGUUGCGCCACUUCCUGCUGAUGGAGGAUGGCGAGUUCGCACAGUCCCUCAGCGAUUUGCUCUUUGAAAAGCUGGGCAGUGGCCAGACUCCCGGUGAGCUGCUGACCCCCCUGGUUCUGAACUCCAUCCUCAGUAAAGCCCUGCAGUACAGCUUACACGGGGACACACCAUUAGCUGGUAACUUCACCUUUGCCCUGCGCUUCCUCCCGGAGACCUUCCACCCACACGCCCCUGAUUCUCUGAACUGUCUGGAGCUACGCUACAAGGUGGACUGGCCGUUGAACAUCAUUAUCACAGACAGCUGCAUGAACAAGUACAACCGUCUGUUCUCGUUCCUGCUCCAGCUCAAACACAUGGUGUGGAGCCUCCGCGAGGUCUGGUUCCACCUCAAGAGAACAGCGCUGGUGAAAGGUGCAGGUCGCUCGGUGCAGUUCCAUCAGCUGCAGCUAUACAGACAUGAGAUGCAACAUUUUGUAAAGGUGAUACAGGGAUACAUCGCCAACCAGAUCCUGCAAGUGUCCUGGAGCGAAUUCACAGCCAAGCUGGCCACCGCCAGCGACCUGGACGCCAUCCACCGCACACAUGCAGACUACCUCAACAGAGCCAUCUUCAGGGGUUUGCUGACAGAGAAGGCAGCUCCGGUCAUGAACAUCAUCCACAGCAUCUUCAGCCUGAUCCUCAAGUUUCGGGCGCAGCUGAUCGCACAGCCCUGGGGCAGCCAGCAGGGGGAGGCAGUGCACCCCAGCUUCAUCGCCAUGCAACAGUCAUACAACACCUUCAAGUAUUACUCUCACUUUCUUUUCAAAGUGGUGACCAAGCUGGUGAACAGAGGUUACCAGCCUCAUCUAGAGGAUUUUCUUCUUCGCAUCAACUUCAACAACUAUUACAAAGACUCCUGAGCAGUGUACUGGUGUGUAUGUUGCACUUGACAUAGUACAGGCACAUACUUGCUCGAUACUUAUCGAACGCACCAUUGUGUACAAUGACUGUUUACAUUUUUAGAAUCCCCACUUAGUGUUUAUAGGACAGAAGACAGAAUCAGACAUGUAUACCAUAAAUUCAGUUCACGGUGCUGCAUGGAUUUGACAUUUAAACCCGUUUAGGCAAUCAAUAUGCAGGAUUUGAGCUACAUGUCUGUGUGCUUGAUUAAUGGCUGUACUGCUCAAAUUGUGUGCUGACAAAGUUUGUAAUUGAGAUAAAGCUGAUGCCUCCUGUAAAGUCUCACACUCAGAUGUGUCCCCAGCUAUGUAGAUAUUAAGUGCAUAUAAAUUAAGUGUUGAUUAUAUGUAAAUACAAAAGCUAAAUGCUUUGUUAAAUAAAUACUCUACUCCGCAGUGCUGAUGUUAGAGUUCUUCUGUGAUUCAAAGAAAACACAUUGACUUGAGCAAGAAAAAAAUUACUUACAUUUAUUAAAGAUUGCAUGUUAGCAUUGGUAUUAGAAAACUAGGACAAAUUAAGUGCAAAGCCUUAUGGGUAAUGGAUUCUGUCAAGAUCAGCCAUUUACAAAAAGACAGAGAGUGGGGGGAGAAAAUGCAGUCCUUGCUAUAUUACUGGAAUUUAUUUUCCUCACAAUGAGUACCCAGAUUUCUCCUGACGGUGCAUUAACUUGCAAAGCAAA